AUGAUGCCGUCGUUUCAACCGUACGAGAAUCUCAAGAAAACGGACGUAGAAGAUGGGACGACGAUGAAGUUGGAUGAUACGCAGCCAAAGGUGUCGUUGGUGUCCGACGUCGUCAAUGAGAUCGACGCCUACAUGGCGAAUCCCAAGCCGCGCUUCACAAUUUUUGUCAAAUUUCUUGGCUACUGUCUGAUACUGGCUUGCUUGUACAGCGGUCUCGUCAAUCCCGCCGUUCGAUCGUCCAUCGAUUUUCUCGACGCCGCCGAAAUGAUGACGUCGUCGUCGGCCGCCAAUUUCAGCGGAAUCAAUUUGAUGCACGUCCACAUCGCCAAACUUCGAUUGUAUCAAUUUCUCGGCCUCAACUGCUGGAUCAUUCUGACGAUGGUGAUGGCUAUUCUCAGCGCGAUUCUCGUCGGCGACAACAUCAAUGAGACGGCGGGAUUCGCGAAUCCGUUUCGCAUCGUUGACUGCCUCGUCAUCAUCGUCAUCGGACUUCAGCUCGUCGUGCAGAGCGUCCUCGCCAGCCAAUUGCUCACCGUCGUCCCGAACGCCCUUCACUCGGCGGCAUUGAUGGCGUCGGACGAUGAUGUUCUCAUCUUUGAGGCCUCGCUGAACUGUAGAAUUGACAAUGAAGAAAUGAAGUGGGCCUUGACACCUGGACUCAGGGAUUCGUGCCAAAGCGUCUAUCGCUCGCUUCAGAUCUCGCCCUACGCGAUAUGCGCCGUCGCGUUCUACGUGCUUGCCGUCGGCGCCUAUGUCGCCUAUUCCUACCACAUUCAUUGGAGCAAACACAUGUCGACGACGAUCAUCGCCGCGUCGCCAGCCAUUCAGAAGAUCCUGAAGAAUGGCUUGACGUAUGAGCGUCGUCCGCGUCGCGAGCGCGUCGUGAUCGGCGGAAUAUUCAAUCAGCUCGCGAUUGCCCAGAAGAUCAAGAUCGUCCUGUUCACCGUCAUCAUCAUGGCCACCCUCAUCUGCUAUAUGAUUAGCGUCGAAUCUGUGGCGCUGCUGACACACGCGAUGACCAAGGCAUUGUUCAUCGAAUCCAUCAAUUUCCUCGAGUUCACCAAAAUCCGAAUCGCCCAGGAUUACAUGGCAAUGAUCGUCGCUUCGGCCUUCUGGUUUCUCGUGGGAAUCUCGGCAUCGUCCAUCAUCGGCUACAUCAUCUUGAUUGAUUUGCAUCGCGACAAUUCUCGCAUGACGACUCGCCCGUAUUUGCUCGCCUUCGUUGAUCUGAUGAUCAUGAUUGUCCCAUUGAAGUUGAUGGCUAGCCGGGUGAUGGGAUCCGAUUUCUACGCGAACCAAAUGCCGGUGUUCAACGAGGGAAUCAUGAUUGCCCAAAAUUACGAAUCCAAUAUUACGACGGCCUACAUGCACUGCAAUCUCUCCAACAAAGGACCACUGGUAUGGAGGUCAACUUGGAAUCCCAACGAUCGCGACUCGUUUCAGGAGAACUACUGCUCGUCGGUGAUCGCGCAACGCAUCUUUCCGGACAGCCCGCUCGCCUUCUGCAUCGUUUUCAUCGUCUUCUGGUACUCAUUCUUUGCACUUCGUUGCGAAUGGCGCCAUCGUUGCCAAUUGCUGAUGGCGUGUCGAAUUCGACGCCCACGCAUUUGCGUCAGAGUUCCGUAUCCGGAACAGCCGGAGGAGACAGAGAAUCCGCCAGUCUAA